AUGCGACCGCCGCUUCUGCGAGUUCUGCCUCCGCACCCGCACCCUGCGUGUGGCCCGGGUCCCGGGGGAGGGUUCAUCCUGCAAAUCCCCCCCCGGCAUUUCUCCCAGGAGGGGCCCCUGCGAGCGGGGAGCUCCCCCCUCGCUGGAAACCCUCCUGGGAAGCGCGGCCCAGCCCUGGCCGGAGGCGAAUACCUGCGCGGGGCACGGCCUCCCCACGCUGGGUGCCAGCGGCCGGGCGCGGGGCCAGGCUGGGUGCGGAGGGACUGCGAGGUGCGUCCCGGCCGCCGGCCCCGCCGGGAUGGGCGCAGGAGGGCCGGGACGGGCCGGCGACACACGCCCCACACACGUGUCCGCCCGGAUCGGGCAUCCCGACGGAUGCCGCGGGGCACGGGAGCCGGGGAUCCCCCCACCGUGCCGGGGAGCCCCCACCGAACACGGGAGGAUGGAGCUGGGAGCGGGGGGGGGUUGAAGGCAGCAACACCCCCGAGCAUCGCCGUGCCUCAGUUUCCCAGCAGCGCUGCCCGGGCAGGCGUGGCCAGCGACGCGAGGAUGGGGGAGAGCCCGGCGCGGUGGAGAAGAGCCCCGGAGGCAGCGCAGGACGCGCGGGGGAUGGAGAGCAGCGCGAUGCUUUUACCCCGAAGCGCCGCUGCCGAGCUGGGACUCCCGGCCUACCCGGAGCCCGGCCAACUGAGCUACGGCAUGGAGAAAGGAUGUCCCUGGAGGGGCUCCGAGGGAUGUUUGGGACCCGUCCGGGAUCUCGCCGGUGGCCGCCUGGGCUGCCCCUACCCACCGGCCCCGCCGUGCCUGCGGGACGCCCUGUGCCGCCCCAAGGCCGGAGCCGAGCUCGCCGCGCUGCCGCCGCCCCGGAACGGGCAGCCCAAGGCGGGUUGGGGGGAGCCCUGCAAGGGGCACCCGGGGCCGCGCUGGGCCGAGGCCGUGCUGGCCCCGCUGGCGCUUUACAGCCACGCGUACCACCGCUACCCGCUGCCCGUAGCGGGGCCGGACGCGCCGCGCCCCGGCACCGCCGGCAAGCCCCGCAGCGCGGCGGGGGACGCGGCCGGAGACCCCCCGGCUUUCCGCCACUGCCCCUUCCUCGUGGAGGCCAAGCACAGCCCCUUCCUGCUGUCCUCGCUGCUGCCCACCGGACCCCCGGCCGAGCCGCCGUUCGGCGGGGCGGCGGCGGAGGGGCCGGGGGCGGUGGGUGACGGGCGCUUCCCCGGCCCGGACUGGCGUUUGGGUCCCUACGCGCCCGCCUGGGGACAGCCCCUCUACCUGGGCGUCCCGCCGAGGGGCAGGGCGGCUCCGGCCACCUUGGGGUGCUCCGGCUCGGGGAACAAGGAGUUUUACGCCAAGAAAGGACCCGGCUUGCACCCCUCGACCAAGAACCACGCGGCGCCGCAGCUGCUGGGCAAGAGCCGAGCAGGGCAGGACAGAGGCGGGGAGGGGGAGCCGGCGGUGCCGGGAGCCCCGUGGGGGGAUGGCCGGGCGGGGGGCAGCUCGGCGGUGCCCCCUCCCCAUCCCCGCACGCCUCCCCCCUGCUCCAACCACCCCCUGUUCCUCCCGCAGCCCUCCUCGGGGGGCUGCGGGGGGCUCUGGGUGGGCGCACCGCCCCGCGGCGCCGGUUUUUCCGUGGACACCGGGCCGGGCCGGCCCUCGGAACCCAAAAAUGAGCGCCUGGGCUACCGAAGCGCCCAGCCCGGCUCGCCCCCGGCAUGCGGGGAGCCCAACCCCUCGGCUCUGCUGGCGGCCGGGCGCUUCCCAGCGGCUCCGGCCAAGCCCGAGCCACCCCCGGGCUGUCUGUGCCGCACCCCGGGCUGCGAUGGGUGCCCGGGGGUGGGCUGCGGGGUGCCCAACCCCUUCGAGCCCACCCCGGGCACGGCCGGGGGGCGUUUCCCGUGCCCCCCCAGCAACCACACCAAGCUGAAGAAGACGUGGCUGACGCGGCACUCGGAGCAGUCGCUGCCUCGCUCCAAAGCUGCCCGGCGGGACGGGGGUCCCGAGCCCCCCGGGGAGGGCAAGCGCUCGGCCAAGCGGCCCCGCGGCACCCCCGACGGGCUCCGCUCUGCCGGCGAGGGCGCCGCGGCGGCCAAGAGGGGCACCGAGGCCACGGCGUGCCCGGGUGAUGGCGAGGAGGGCGCGGGGGACCCCGAGGAGAGGAGGAUGGAGCUGGGAGAUGAAGGGCCGCGGGGCCGUGCGGGGCCGCCGCGGUGCCUGCAGAGCCAGCCCUGCACGGCGCUGCCCCCCAACAUCCCGCGCUGCUGGACCUGCGCCCCCCGCGCCCGGGGGGACCCCCAGGGUGAGGAAGAUGAGGAGGAGCCCCCCGAGAGUGCCUGCAGGCUGCUGCUCUUCCGCAGGUGAGCCCGGGGACGUGUCGGGGGGCACACCAACGUGGGGAGCACCAACGUGGGGAGCACCAACAUGGAGAUCACCAAUGUGGGGAGCAGGAACAUGGGGAUCACCAACGUGGGGAGCACCAAUGUGGGGAGCAGGAACAUGGGGAGCACCAACGUGGGGAGCACCAAUGUGGGGAGCAGCCUCUGCCUGGCCAAGUACCUGCUGGGGGUCCUGGGGGACCCCUUCUGCGCCGCCGUCCGCAGGGACAGGGACGCGUGGGACGCGUGGGACGCGUGGCCGGGAGCCGCCGGGGGGCUGACGGGCUGGAGGCGGGGGGAAGGAGCCCCCCGGCUCUGUGACGCCUGCCAGCGCGGCUUCUUCAACUCGCACUGGAGCUGCGCCAGAUGUGGCUUCCAGCUGUGCCCCGAGUGCCACCGCAGCAGGCGGGAGGAGAGCGGCACUGAGGGUCCAGCGCUGCCCCUGGAGUGCACCCACGGGCGGGACCACCCCGUGUCACCGCUGGUCCCCACGCAGUUCGUCCCCACCGCUGUCCUGAGCCGGCUCUGGAAGCUCCUGCACGAGGUCAGGGUCAAGUUCGGCAUCGAGUCCCACUGUCCCUGCGGGGAGGGGGCUGCGGAGCAGAGCCCGGCGGAGCCCCCGCAGGAGCCGCCGGGGGUCGCGGAGCCCACCCCGCCCCUCCGCAGCCACGGCCCCGCCGACCCCACCCGGGUCUCCAAGGAAGGGAGCCCCGAGCGGGGGGCGCCGUCCCCGGGGCAGCCCCCGGAGCGGGGGGGUCCCGCGCAGGCCGCGACCCUCUGCGACCUGCUGGCGUCCACCGCCGUGAAGCUGUGCCUGGGGCAGCGCGGGGUGCGCAUGGCCUUCGCCCCGGUGGCACCGGCGCUGCCCAGCGACAACGGCCUGAGCAGCCUCCUGGACACCAUCAUCGCCCGCGUGGUGGAGAGGAAGAUGCAGGAGCGGCAGGGGGGGCCCGAGCCGAGCCCCCCCGGCUCCCCGCAGCCCCCCGCGUCCCCCCGCACCCUCACCCCCGGCGGGCUGCUCUGGCUGCGCCACCCCGGCCACGCCAGCGACUACGAAUUGUUCCAGGAGCACUGGAGGCAGGGCCAGCCCGUGCUGGUGUCAGGGCUGCAGAAGACGCUGGAGCCGCGGCUCUGGGAGCCCGAAUCCUUCCAGCCCUCGGGGCAGCAGGAGGAGGAGGAAGAGGAGAAGGAGGUGGAGGUGGAGGUGGUGAACCUGCGGGCACCGCCGAGCCGAGUCCGGAUCAGCAGCCGGGAGUUUUGGGGUGGCUUUGCCGCCAGCGCAGGUGAGGGGACAAAGAAUUUGUAUUUGUGGCAGAGAAAUUUGGCACGGAAUUCCUGUCUGUGGGGUUGUCAGAAUCUGUGGUAUUGAUGGUUCUGAGAUUAUAAAAAGUCUCUGUCUGUCAGCCCCCUGCCAAAGCUUUGUGGGGCAUCCGGGGUUUGGGGGGGCACAGGGCCGCCCCCGGCCGUGCCAAUCCCCCAUCCCCUUCCAGGUGUGCGUCCGCAGGAGCGGAAUUUUGGGACCAAAGCCCUGACGGUGGAAGCGCUGGACUCCAUCAGCAUCCUGGCACACGCCGCGCCGGUCCCGCGGGAGCCGCUCCUGGCAGCGGCCGAGGCCGAGCUGGAGGCGCCGCAGCGGGAGCGGCUCCGGGGCGGCGGCGGCCGCGGUGCCCUGUGGCACAUCUUCCGCGCCGAGGAUGCCGCCCGGAUCCGCGAUUUCCUGCGCCAGGCAGCCCCGGGGCCGGGGCAGGACGCGGCGGAGCCCCCCGGGCGUUACCUGGAGCCGGAGCUGCGGCGGCGGCUGCGGGACGAGUGCGGGGUGAGCGGCUGGAGCCUCCUGCAGCUCCCGGGGGACGCCGUGCUGGUGCCUGCCGGGGCUCCCCACCAGGUGCAGAGCCUCAGCGGCACCAUCAGCGUGGAGCAGCGAUUCCUGUCCCCGGAGAGCGCCGUGCGCCUCCGCCAGCUCGGUACCGGCCCCGCCGGGACCCCGCGGCACCUCCGUGCCCAGCUGGACCGGGUGAUCCUCACCGCCGUGCGGGAGGCCCUGGGGGUCCUGCGGGGCUGCCCGUGAGGGCACGGAGCGGCACCGGGACACCGGGAGCCCCCCCGGGCACGGAGCGGCACCGGGACACUGGCAUCCCCCCCGGGCACGGAGCG